GUCUGAAUCUGCAUUUGGUAUUUUUCAUUGCCAAGUUAUUAAUGCUUGCGAGGAAGAAGAGGUUCAUUUUUUUACUUUUUAGUUAAAUCUGAGGCAUUCGAGUUUGACCCAUCAUUUUGGUCCAACCAACGGUGAAGCCACAAGAUAACUGGUAUGCUGGUGGUGGUGGGUCCAUCUGGUUCUGGGAAAACCACACUAAUCCAGCGCCUGCAGAGCGGCCAGGCUCUGACCGAACUGCACACCACUGUGCCCACUGUCGGCUCCAACAUCUCUGACCUGCGAAUUGGCACCAACAAGAAAUCACCUGUCACUGUCAGAGAGCUGGGUGGCUGCAUGAGCCCGCUGUGGCCGGUGUACUACACCGCUGACGUCAGUGGAGUCAUCUACGUCAUUGACGCCUCUGACGUCACGCAGACGGCGUGCGCCGCCGUCCUCCUGGUGGAGCUGCUCGAGCAUCCGCAGCUGCAGAAAGCCAAGGCACACGCUACCGCCCCGAGGUCCGGCCUCCGACACGCUACUACGGUCACCAAUGGCGCUCAUUGUGGAGUUCCACUCUCGGCCGGGCUGUUUCGCCUCGCUACCGCCGGCGGCGCUGGUGUCGUCUGAGUCGCGGCCCACGGUACGGGUGCGGACGGCCGCCGGAAGGACUGUGUACCUGACGUGCUCGGGCUGGACGGCGCCGGCCGGGCGGCUGCUGCUGCACCGUCGGCUGGCUCGCUGUCUGUCCCUCUCCGCCGGGGAGACAGUCAGUGUGACAGAGGUCCGCCCGCCGCCGUGCCGCCGAGCCGUACUGCGGGCGCACACAGACGCCGAUUACGAGCUGCUGGCACUGAGCGGCGCGCGCCUGCAGGACGGUCUGCUGGAGCGGGCCGGCUGUGUGUGGCCGGGCGCCGCUCUGCCCGUCUGGCUGGACGCCCGGAAUGUGGUGUCAGUGACUGUGGUGCGCGCCGAACCGGCGGAGUGCUGCCUCCUGGUCAGAAUGACCGAACUGGAGAUACAGCCGCCGGCGGUGGAGCCUGCUCAGCCGCCGACAGCUUCAGACGCAGCGAGAGAGACGGCCGGCGACGGGGAGACUCUGGUACAGAGAAUCAGCAGGACGCUCGGUCUGGCGCCUCCGAGACCUGAAGAACGACCGUCUGCGGACCCGGAGGUUCCCCCGCCGCCGCCCUGGACUCUGCGAGCUCACUCACUGCCGCCUCCGGAGGGACUCUCGGCCGCUGAGACAUUCAUCUCUAACCGGGUCUGUUUCUGCAUAGCCGAAGACGCUCCGGCCGGCGGUCUGGGCUGGUGUGAACUGAGCUGUGGUUCCGCUACCGGGACAUGUGCGCCUCCUCCACCGGCCGUGGUCCUGCUCCUGGCACUGGAUCGGCCGUCAGAGCGGUACUCAGCGCUCUGGACAGCCGCGGAGGCCGGCCAGGUGAGCCGACUGGCAGCGGCCGGCGCAUUGCUGGUGCCGGACGUGGUGCGGCGCCAGCUGCGGCUGCGGGUUAGUGAUCCGGUGACACUGCGCCCGCUGGUGCCGGGCAGAGCUGUCAGCCAGCUGGCGUGUGUUUCUGAGGUCAGACUCGAGCCGGCACAGCUGGAUACAGUGCGUCACCAACUGACUGCGUGGCAGCGCUGCCUCGGCGACACCACUGACAUCUGGUGGCGAUCCGGCGCACUGCUGCGGCUGGUGGACGAGCGCUCGCUGCGGCCGUUUGAUGUGGUCCUGGAGGCCGACUGUGCGGCGGUGUUUCGCGUGCCGGCCCCGCCGAGUGUGGAGCUAUCCGCCACCUGUUUGAGCUCAGAGUACGGCUCGGGAGGUCGGCCCGCCUGGCCGCUACCGGUCGAGGAACUCCCGGAGCUGGCGCUCCCUCCCCCGCCGGGCCCGGAGACGGCAUUCACGGCAUACAGUGCCGAGCAGCGGCGACUCGAGUCGUGGCUGCGCCGCGCACUGACCUGUCCCGGCCUGGGUCACGUACUGCUGACCGGACCCCAGGGCGUCGGUAAGACGACCCUGGCGCUGCAGGCGGCGCGCUGCCUCAGUCGGACGCCGCUCUGUGCCGUGGUGUCCCUACUCGACUGCAGCGCUCUGCUGGGGAAGAAGGCGGAGGCGGUCUUGGAGCGUCUGGGCAGGGUGCUGGCCGAGGCCGAGCGCCGCCAGCCGGCUGUGGUCGUACUGGACUCUCUGGACGCACUGGCGCCGCCAGAGCAGGAGUCCAGCGGUGAGCCGUCUCAGCGUGGCGCGUACUUCGCGCAGCUCUCGUCGGCGCUGCGCCGGCGGCUGAGCGCUCUGUCGGCGGGCGGCCGGCGGGUGGCCGUGGUGGCCACCGGGUCCGGUCUCCACCCGGCGCUCGGUCGGCCGGCCGGCCUGCACGUGUUCGGCCUGGAGCUGACACUGGCCGCCGCCGACUCUGCCGGCCGGGCGCUGCAGCUCCGCGAGCUGAGCGAGGGCGCGCCGCUGGACGGCGAGCAGUGGCGCCGGCUGGCCGACCGGUGCCGCGGCUUCACGGCGCUCGACCUGCGCCGGCUGGUGACCCGCGCGCGGCUGGCGGUCGGGGGUGGACGGCUGACGGAGCCGGCGCUGGCGGCGGCACUGGACGGCCUGUCGCCGGCGGCGCUACUGGAGGUGCACCAGUCGCGGCCGGCACCCGUCACCUGGCGUCAGGUGGGCGGUCUGCACGCCGUGCGGCGGCAGCUAGUGGCCGCGCUGCAGAGGCCGCUGCUGUACCCGGUGCUGUACGCACGCGCCGGCCGCCACCUGCAGGCGCGGGCUCUGCUCUACGGACCGCCCGGCAGCGGUAAAACGCUGCUGGCGCGCGCGCUGGCACACCAGGCAGACAUCAACUUCUUCACGGUCAAGGGACCCGAGCUGCUAUCCAAAUACAUCGGAGCGAGCGAGCUGGCUGUCAGAGAUCUCUUCGAAAGGGCAUCACGUGCCAGUCCAGCGCUGAUAUUUUUCGACGAGUUCGAGUCGCUGGCACCGCGGCGUGGUCACGACAGUACGGGUGUGACGGAUCGAGUGGUGAACCAGCUACUGACGCUGCUGGACGGCGCGGAGACGCCGGCGGGCGGCGGUCAGCUGGCCCUGCUGGCCGCCACCAGCCGGCCGGACCUGCUGGACCCGGCGCUGCUGCGACCCGGCCGGCUCGGCCGCCUGCUGCGCUGCCGGCUGCCCGACCGGGGCGAGCGGGUCGAGAUCCUGUCAGCGCUGACCGCUGAGCUGACGCUGGCCGCUGACGUGCAGCUCGAGCGGCUGGCCGAGCGGGCCGGGCUGAGCGGCGCCGAUCUGCGCGCGCUGGUCACCGACGCGCACCUGCGGGCCGUGCGGGACGCCGCGCCGCCGCCGGAGCUCGGCGCCCAGUCGGACAGUGCCGGGGAGCGGCGCUGGCGCCUGGUGGACGGUCCUCCGCUGACACUGGACGAGACGGGGGCGGUGGACGACCACCCCGCGCUGGCGGCUGCGAGGGAUCCCAACAGUAGCGGAAAGGGCACUGCAGACUCAGCCGACCGGACAGCUGUGGUGAUCUCUCAGGCGCAUCUCCAGGCAGCCCUGGCCGAUCUGAGACCGUCACUCUCACCCUCCGAGAUGGCCAGAUAUGACGCCAUCUAUAGCCAGUUUGAGCGAGGCAGAGGCGCCGGGGAUGGUACUGGAGAUGAGCAGGGAAUGGUCGGUGUCGGAGCUAGGCAGAAGGUGGCGCUACUGAACGGAGAGGGAGGCGCGAGCGAGACGGGCGCCAGGCAGCGGGUUUCGCUGGCAUGAUGGAUCAGUUACGCCUCUCGUCGAACUAGGGCGCAAGUUUUCCAUGACCCAUCGCACCACUUUCUGCACUCGAGCUUAGUGUGCAUGCUGCACUGUGUAUAGUUGUUAUGUUUGUUACUCUGGGGAUUGUCCUUGUUUUUCGUUGUAAAUGUGUUAGAAGGGUACGAUUUGGCCCCAUGUGGUUUGGUAGGUGCUAUUCGAGAAGCAUCACGGGAAAUCGUUUGAUAUUUUUAUACAAAUGUCUAUUGUGCGAUCCAUGGAACGGAAAUAGCUCGUAUCGAUAUGACGUUUAAUAUGAUUAAUACUCGAUUUGCCAAUCGCCCAAGCUGUUUAGUCUUGAUUUUCCACUUUCAUGUCCCUCAGCGAUACUCCUCGACCCGUCCGAAACAACUCAAACACGCACACUGUCCGAUGGGUCCCCAGCUGUACGUCAGCUUCCUAUAACCCUCCCUCCGUCUCUGCUGCCGCGCUGUGACCUGCAGGUUCUGGUGGCGCUCACCAAGACUGACCUGACCACCCCGGCGGCCGUCACCGAGUACCGACUGCUGCUGCGGCUGGCUGACCUUCGUCAGCUCAGCGCCCUCCGGCUGACGGUGGCGGAGCUGAGCUGUCUCACUGACGCCGGAGUGGAUCAGGUGGUCGACUGGGUGGCCGCCUGUGCCGGGUAGGAGGGGCGAGGGAUGGGGGCUGUGUGGAUAGGGGGAACUGCGUCAAGAAAGGGAAGGCGGUAUUGAUGACCCAGAAGGGGAGAUCGCUUGGAAUUACAUACAGCAUACUGACCGGUCACGAAAUCAUGUAGGAGGGUAAGGUGGCCGCUGGGUCUGUUUUAGACCCGAUGAUGCCUGAAAUAUCGUCGCAAUAACCCCGCGCCAUGUUCAAUUUGUCAGCUGGUAUACGGCAUACACACGGGAGUUCGGUGCAUCAAUUUCAGUGUCGGUGGUUUCGUUGUGAAGUUAUGGGGGUAAUAGUUUUUACUGUGGUCGUGAAGUCAACCGUGGGCUCUUAUUUACACCACGGGAUGCUACGAACGCUGAGGUACUUCGUUAUCAGUUCGUAGACGCAUAGACUGAACGUUCGGGGGAAGAUCCGGCGCGUAUUGAUAACUGCUGGGUAUGGGGGCAUCUCAUUGAUCGUGUAUGUUAUCUGGUCCGUCCUAGUCACAAAUACAUAUCACCGUCGAACCGCA